CACGUUUGAUCACCCGGGUGGCCAGUUGCAUUCUGACUUUCGCUGUACUAGUGGUUUACAGUACUAGGGACACACACAUUAAUUGCCAAGCUUAAGAUAAUCAGAGACAGAGAGUUGAGCAGAGAUGGGGAGCUACGCAGAGAGUGCCGGAGUCAGGGCGGCAUUGCUCGUCCUUGCCGCCGCAGUCCUACUCCCUGCCCACCAUGUGAUGGCCGCUUACCCGGCCAUGGCGCCGGCGCCGGCCGGGAGCACAGCAAUGUCGCCGCGGCCAGCAGCCAAUGACACGGCCAUGUCGCCGUCGUACCAUUCGCCGCCGGUCCGGCCGGUGCUGCCGUACGUCAUCGUGGAGGGCGUGAUCUACUGCAAGCCCUGCCGGUCCAGACGCUACAGCCGCGACAUGGACGCGUCACCCCUCCAAGGCGCGACGGCGCAGCUGGUGUGCUACGGGAGGGAGGUGGUGAACGUGACGGGGACGGUGACGGACGAGCGGGGCUACUUCCUGGUGAUGUUCUACGACCUGGGCAACUUCCACCCGCGCAACUGCAAGCUCUACCUGGGCACGUCGCCCACCACGCUCUGCGACAACCCCGUCUACCCGCCCAACAAGUGGAUCGGCCUCUCGCUCGUCAGGGAGACCAGGACCACGCCGCCGGAAGGCCUCCAGGGCAUCUACUGCCCCACCAGCGUCCUCUUCUACGGACCCACCGCCGGCCAAAAGUGCACCUCCGACUGACCGUCCGUCCGCCGACCGGCCGCCUAGCUCUAGCUAGCUAGCUAGGAUCCAUAUCCAUCGAUCUAGAUAGUACUUAGUGACUAGUAGAUCCAUCAAUAAAUUUUUCAGUGCUACUCCAUGUGUUUAUGCAUUUUUGUGCGUGUCUCUAGCAGCUGGCCAAUUAAUGUACCUGCACUUCUAGUUCGAUACAUUGUCUGUUGUCACUGCA